UUUCAGUCUCCUCAGCUCCCCAACAUGGCAGCAGCGGCGGGAGGCGGCCGCGCACCUCGCAGGCCGGUGCUGCUGACCCCUCGCGGCAACGCGGACCGCACCGUGUUCCUCUUCGACCGGCGCCGGGAGCAGGCGGACCCGGACGAGAAAGUGCUCAGCUACGGCAAGGACAACUACCGCGCUUUCCGCAGCGCCGUCUGCCAGGCAUUUGGCAUACCUUCUGAUGAAACCUUUGUUAUCACCACAACAAAUAGGAAGGAAAUUACAGAAGAUAACUUCAGUGAGCUUGUUCAUGAUGGAGUUACUUUAUAUCUGCUACAGUCAGUUGAUCAAAUGUUGCUUUUGGCAACCAAGGAGCGAAUUGACUUUCUGCCCCACUAUGACACACUUGUCAAAAGUGGCAUGUACGAGUACUAUGCCAGCGAGGGCCAAAAUCCUUUGCCAUUUGCCCUUGCUGAAUUGAUUGACAAUUCUCUCUCAGCUACCUCUCAAAAUACUGGCAUUCGAAGUAUAGAGAUAAAAUUGUUGUUUGAUGAUUCCCAAGGAAAACCAGCUGUUGCUGUGAUUGAUAAUGGAAGUGGAAUGACAUCUAAACAGCUUAACAACUGGGCUGUAUAUAGAUUGUCAAAGUUUACAAGACAAGGUGACUUUGAAAGUGAUCACUCAGGAUAUGUACGCCCUUUGCCAGUGCCUCGUAGUUUAAAUAGUGAUAUCUCAUAUUUUGGAGUUGGAGGCAAGCAAGCUGUGUUCUUCGUGGGACAGUCUGCCAGAAUGAUAAGCAAACCUGCAGCAUCUCAGGAUGUUCAUGAACUUGUCCUUUCUAAGGAGGAUUUUGAAAAGAAGGAGAAAAACAAAGAAGCAAUAUAUACUGGAUUCAUUCGAAACAGAAAGCCAUCUGAUUCUACUCACAUCACAAGUGAUGAUGAAAGAUUUCUUCAUAAUCUAAUAUUAGAAGAAAGGGAUAAAGAGAGUUUCACAGCAGUUGUCAUUACAGGUGUACAACCAGAUCACAUGCAGUACUUGAAAAACUACUUUCAUCUUUGGACAAGGCAGCUGGCACAUAUCUAUCACUAUUAUAUCCAUGGACCAAAAGGAAAUGAAGCUAAUGCUGUAACAAAAGAGAUAAGCCCUUUCAACAACAUUGAUAUUCAGAUUUCAAUGUUUGAAAAGGGAAAAGUACCAAAGAUUGUCAAUCUGAGGGAGAUCAAAGAUGACAUGCAGACAUUGUAUAUAAACACUGCAGCAGAUAGUUUUGAAUUCAAGGCACAUGUUGAAGAAGAAGGUAUAGUUGAAGGCAUCAUCCGAUACCAUCCCUUCCUUUAUGAUAAAGAAACAUACCCUGAUGAUCCAUGUUUUCCAUCAAGAUUAAAUGAUGAUGAUGACGAUGACUGUUUUUUAGUAGAAAAAGGGGCCAGAGGAAAAAGGCCUAUUUUUGAAUGUUUUUGGAAUGGAAGAUUAAUACCAUACACAACUGUGGAAGAUUUUGACUGGUGUGCUCCUCCAAAGAAGAGAGGAUUGGCACCAAUUGAAUGCUACAACAGAAUUUCUGGUGCAUUGUUUACCAAUGAUAAGUUCCAGGUCAGCACAAACAAACUCACUUUCAUGGACCUGGAGCUGAAGCUAAAGGAUAAGAAUACUCUGUUCACAAGAAUCUUCAAUGGACAGGAGCAGCGAAUGAAAAUUGACAGGGAAUUUGCUCUGUGGCUCAAAGACUGUCAUGAAAAAUAUGACAAACAGAUAAAAUUCACAGUCUUUAAAGGAAUAACUGUACGUACUGAUGUAUUAUCCAAAAGAAUGCAGAGCCCUUGGACAAUGUAUGCUGCAAUAGAGUGGGAUGGAAAAACAUACAAAACUGGACAGCUGGUGAAAACUACUAAGACUCAUCCAAUAUUUUAUGGAAGCAUUGAGAAAUUUUAUUUGUAUGGGGACCAUGAUGGGGAUAUAUUUGCCACUGGUGGAGAGGUUCAAAUUGCUUUGGAACCACAGGCACUGUAUGCUGAAACAAAAAUAAUUCCAAUCUCAAAACUUGACAGAACAGUGUCUGACAAAGUCGUUAAAAAAUACAUAGAGGAUGAAAUGGCAAGACUUCCUGACAAAUUAUCAGUAACAUGGCCUGAAGGAGAUGAGUUGUUACCAAAUGAAACACGAUUUGCUGGUACACCAAUAGGAGCAUUAAGAAUAGAAAUUUUAAAUAAAAAAGGAGAAGCAAUGCAAAAACUUCCAGGUACAAGCCACGGAGGUUCAAAGAAACUUCUUGUUGAGCUCAAAGUUAUUUUGCAUUCACCUACUGAGAAUAAAGAAAUAAUUUCCCAUAUCAGUCAGCAUGGAGGCAAGUGGCCAUACUGGUUUAAAAAAAUGGAAAAUCUUCAGAAACUUGGUAACUACUCCUUGAAACUGCAAGUAGUGUUGAAUGAAAGUAAUGCAGACACUUAUGCGGGAAGGCCUCUGCCAUCUAAAGUAUUUAAGUUUACUAUUGUAGAGGGCAAACCUGAGAAAUUUUUGGUGGGUCUCUUGGAGCUUCCUUUUCGAAUUGGAGUACCUUUUAGUAUUCCUUUGGAAUUGCAGGAUGAAUUUGGUCAUGCAACACGCUUGACGAAUCGCAUUAGACCAAUUCUGGAAGCUAGUGGAUUAACACUGAAGCAUGAAGACAUACCUGUAGCAGCAAAUUGUGUCAUUAAGGGUGUUACUGCUAAAGGCUGUGUAAAUAGUUGCCAAGGCAAGAACUUUAAUCUGAAGAUUACUCUUCCUGGUUUGAAAGAAGAUACGCAAAUCAUUAAAAUAAGAUUGCAGCCUGGCCCUCCUCGUCAAUUGAAAGUAAAACCAGAUUCAGAAAUUCUAAAGAUUGAAAAUGGUACAGCUUUUCCCUUUCAGGUUGAAGUACUAGAUGAAUCAGGAAAUAUAACAGCACAGCCAGAGUUGAUUGUUCAUUGUAAGUUUUUAGGUGCUUCAGACCUUCCUGUGUAUUCUGUGGACUGCAGUAAUGGAGGAACAAACAUUUUAACUGGCCCAGUUAUACAUGUACAGAAUAUCAAGAAAGACCAGAUAUUGAAAGCAAGGUUUGAAGUACUUAAUUGUAAAGAUGUGCCACCAGUGGAAAAGAUUAUAAAACUUCUUCCCAGCAGUCACGUUGCACGACUACAAGUCUUAAGUAUGAACGGACAAAAAGCUCUUCAGGUUAAACAUCGGGAUGAAAUCACUUGUGUUGCUGGCCAAGUCAUGAAUAAACUUAUAUUUCAAAUGUAUGAUGAAGCAGAGAGGGAAAUACCUAUAACUGCAGCUGCUGCAGAAAAAAUCAAGGUCAACUGGACACCUAAAAUUGACAGAGAGCUGUUGAUGCAGGGAUUAUUACCUGAUGUAAAAGUACCUACUUCAGUAAAAGAUUCGCGUUACUGUCUAAUUACUUACCUUGAUGAGCACGUGUCUUUGGAAAGUGCAUUCAUAGUCAGACCAGUUCCUGAUGAACCCAAACACAUUAAAUGUAAACUAAAAGGCUCAAACACACUGCAGAUGGGCGAAGAACUGCAGAGUGAAAUCGAUGUAAUGAUUACAGAUCAGUUUGGAAAUCAGGUUCAGACAGUGACAUCUGCAUGUGUAAAUUCCCUAGGAGUUUCUGGGCCUGGACUUGAUAAAUCAAAUUUGAAAGUAACUUGGCAGGAAAGUACUCAAACGAUGAAAGUAAAAGGUAUUCGAUACAAACCCUGUUUACUUGGCAGCAAAGAAUUGUGCUUUGCUUGGCGUGAAUUUUCUGACUUUAUCAGAGUGAAUUUAGUAGCAGGAUCCCCAGCUAAAUUGCAGCUUGUGGAUUGGCCAGAGUUAGACAAGUCUGUUGCAGUGAUUAAUGGUAGAGAAUUGCAGAGGCCCCUUAUUGUUCAGUUGUGUGAUCAGUGGGGAAAUCCAACUCCUGAACCUAAUGUCAAAAUCAACCUUACAAAGAGUAACAACUUAAAGCUUGUUCCUUCAAACCAGCAACAUAAAACAGAUGACACUGGUAGGGCUAACUUGGGUGUUUUUAGUAUUCACGCACCGAGGGGAGAGCACAUUUUACAGAUUAAAGCCUCAUACAACAAGGCCAUAUUAGAGUGUCUUGUAAUCACAAUAAAUGUCCUGCCUGAUCCUGAGAAACCAAUCUGCCUAAAUGUUAAAUAUGACAAAAGUCCUUCUUUUCCAGCAGGAGGUACUUUUCCUGAUUUUAUGGUUAGUGUUCUUUCUGAAGAUGACAGCAUUAUUAAAAAUAUUAAUCCAGCACGGAUUUCUAUGAAAAUGUGGGAAGCACAGAGCAGCCGGGUUAGGACACCAGUUGAUGUUACAACAUUUAGCUGUAGUAAGGUGAAGGAUGACAAGGAAGAUGGCUUCUUCUACUUCAGGGAUAAAGUGGUUCCGGAGAGGGUGGGCACUUAUGUGAUCCAGUUUACCUUUGCAAUGGAUAAGACAAACAUGCUCAACAGUGAACAGAUUAUAAUUGAAGUUGUACCUAAUGACCCCGUACGCUUGUUACCUGAUUCUUUACCAGCUACUCCAGCAGUUUCCAAUGUUCGUGCUCUUACCAGCCGUACACUGGUCAAGGAUUUAUACCUCCAUUUAAUGGAUGAAUACAACAACCACACUGGACUUGAUCUAGUUGGCAGAAUAAUAGCAAAAAUUAAAAGCCCCAGUGAAGAAGAUAUUGAGAUCCCGCAGUUUCAGGGGAAAGUCAAUACAGUGGAGUUUCCAUUGGAGAAUGGAUCAGCUGAAAUUAAUUUAGUGUUGGCUGAAGACAGUCCUGGAAGAGAUAGCACUGAAUAUAUUCUUGUCUUUGAGCCACAUCUGCCAGCUUUGAAAAAACCUUUGGAACCAUAUUGUCUCUCAUUUAUGUUUUACAAUGAUUCCAAGAAGCAGCAGCUGAUGGCAACACUGACCAGGGAGAAAGACCAAUUAUCUAAGUCCAUAGAUCUUUACAGAAAGAUGUUUGAUACUACGAAUCAGCUCGUAGCUGAAAUGAAAUGUCAGGUUAAAGAAGCUGAAACACGAGAAGCUCUCCUGAGGAAUGAACUGAAAAAGCACCAAAUUGAAUUACCACAGACAAACACACUUCAGUAUGUGGAUUCUCUUCUGAAAAAAAAGAUGUUGGAACAAGAAGGAGUAAUGAAGCAGCCAAGGAGAACUUGUACCCUCCCAAACUAUCCAAAAGGCAGCCAGGAUAUUCUAGGCAAGAUUGCACAUUUAGCUCAGAUUGAGGAUAAUGAAGCAGCCAAAGUCAUCUCUUGGCACCUGGCAAGUGACAUGGACUGUGUAGUCACACUGACCACAGAAGCUGCUCGUUCUAUCUUCGAUGAAACUCAAGGUCGACAACAAGUGUUACCCCUUGAUUCUAUUUACAAGAAGACACUUCCAGAUUGGAGCAGACCUUUACCUCACUUGAGAAAUGGAAGAACCUUCUUCAGACCUAUUGGAAAUCCUGUAUUUGCCAGAGAUCUGUUAACAUUUCCAGAUAACAUAGAGCAUUGUCAAACAGUGUUUGGUAUGCUCUUGGGUGAUACUAUCAUUAUAGAUAACUUGGAUGCUGCCAACCACUACAGAAAAGAGGUUGUAAAAAUUACACACUGCCCUACCUUGCUGACUAGGGAAGGAGACAGGAUUCGCAGCAAUGGAAAAUUUGGAGGCCUGCAGAAUAAAGCUCCUCCAAUGGACAAACUCAGAGGAAUGGUAUUUGGAGCACCAAUGCCAAAACUUUACUCGACUAUCUCUGGACAGAUAGAUCUUCUUCAGCAAUACCGUGCAGCAGUGAUUAAAUUUGAUAAUGUGAAUAAAGACUUGGAUCUACAUUUGCAGUCACUAAACACUCCAGAAAUGCAAAAGAAAAAACAGGAACUUGCUGAACAAGAGAAAAGCCUCAAGCUAGUAAAACAAAAGUUGGGUAUGACUCCUGCUUUAUCAGAUAAAGGUUCUGAAUCAUUACUUCAGCCUAUAAUGUUCGAUAUAUCAGACACCCCUAUUCCUCCCAAAAGAAUGAGAAGAGACACAGUGAAAAAAUUGUAUAGCUCAGAAGAAUGGAUCUCCUCUCCUCCAAAGCAGCAACAGCAAGUGCUGCAAAUGGCCCCUUCAGAACUUAAUGGAACUCCACGGAAAAGAAAGGCAUAGACUGAUCAGACUUGCUGGGAAAAUCUGUGUAUUGAAAAUGUGAAUACAUUCAGUUAAAGGAAAUACUUAUGCGGUAUUACCAUUACUCUGAAGAUUUUUAUACUGAUAGAAGAUACAAAUGUAUUUCAGUUAGUAGGAACAAAAGUGUAAGUAUUUAACAUUGAUAGCCCAAUUUUUGUAUAGGUAAUUUUCAUUUCUAAAAGGUUUCAGAGUUUUUAUGUUCGUGUGUGAAAAAAAGGUUUUAAAUAUAUUCUUUUUUUAUUUAUGAAAAUAAAAGAUCUUUGCAAUAAAAUUGCUUCAGUACAAAGCACUGACAGUACAAUCACUUGUGUUGAAUAGAUUGUGUUAUGAAAUGAGAUUUUUAAUUUAAAAAGCAUCCCAAGCUGUCUUGAGGAAGAUAGUCAAUGAUCUGCAUUGCAAAGAUUUUAGUGAUGAACAGGGCAGAAAGGGAUCAGGCAUGAUUAAAGACAGAAUUUCAGCCAGGGUCAGAGCAAGCAGCUGGAAACAGACUUGAUUGAAAGAAAAAGAUAGGGUAGGAGUAGGAAACUAAACUUGAAAAUAUAAUAGUUAUUAGUUGAAGCCCUGUGAAUAACAUAGGAGACAGUGUUCAUGGGUGUGGACAUGUGGGUUCACAUCUGCCUCAAAGAAUUUCUGCCUCAGAGUGAAUGUUGACACCAGAUCUGAGAGUACUGAUCUGUACUCUCAGCAACAUGCAUCUUAUAUACAUACUCCUUUUCUGAAAAAGAGCUUUAAACUUAAAAAGACAUGGUGGUCUCCUGCUAGAAGUUUUAGAAUGCUGAUCACUGGUGCACGUCUCUCUGACAAUUCUAAUAAAAUGAAAUUUCACCAAAUUAAGGAGAAAUAAAGCAGUCUAAUUUUUGGCUGAAGGCUUUCCAGAGCUUCAUGCUUUAAAGACAGGUUAAACAUCAAAUUAUCCUAUUCUUAAAGAAAAUAAAUAUAUUCAAGUAUAACAUGUAACACCAUCAAACUAAGCUAGCCCUACCUCAGCCCUUUUUUCUAUUUUUUCUCUCUAAAUUUAGACAUCAAGACUUGAAUCAGGUAGCCAUCAUGAAGGGUUUGCCAUGUAAUAAUUUGUCCCACCACACCAAGUUACUUGAUAGUACUUCUUUUAAAUGCAAUUCUUUUAAUUCUGACAUCUGCCUAGCUUCAGCCUCCAGCCUCUGCAUAACCUUGAAUCUUACUGGAUCAAAUAUGUAUUCCUGCAGAAAUUUAAUCCAGAAUUGGAUUAAAUACAUAUUCCUGCAGAAAUAUGUAUUGCCUUUCAUAGUCAGUGUAGGCACUAUGAGUAUCAUAUGAUUUAUCUCCCUGGUGGAAGAGGCAAACAGAAAAUUAAGGAUGGUUUCCAGCGUUGUGCAAUAGCUAUCAGAGAUUUCAGGAAAUUUCACCAGGGAACUUUGAGGAUUUUCCAGCAGAGUGAUGGCAAGUUACUACAGUGCAAGUCACUGCUUUGCAAAGCUGUUGAGGGCAGCUGAUUUGGUCACGACCACAAAUUGGAGCUCUGAAGGUAAGUGUCAUUUUUUUUCCUUUACCCACUCUUUACUCGCAGCGGAGCAGAGCAGGGACCUCAGCCAUGCGGGGCACUGUGUGUUGUCCUCACUGAUUUGAGGAAGGGCUGGUAGAAAUCCAUGCAGACUGGGAGAAAGUGGUUGUGGUUUUGGUCUGGGCCUGCUUUUCAGCUAUCCCCCAGGGAUGCAGAGACUGCCUGUGAGGUGAGUGGGGAUGGACACCCCAUGUAACCCAGGACAAGUAGUCCUUUCUGCCAAACCACACUUGCGGUGUUACAGCCCCACCAUCAGUAUCAUGGCCCUGACUCUACAUCUCUACAAUCCCAGUGUCACCAGUGCUUCUCUAGCCAUGGGACUUGCUCUGCCUCCUCCAGGGCCUAAGUCCCCUUGUCAGCCAGAGCUGCAGUUCAGGGAAAGAGCAGUGGAAAGGGAAGGAAGAAGGGAUGAUGCCCAGGGGGCAAAAGGGGGGCAGGGAACCACUGCAGGGUGUUGCUAUGUUACUGCUACAGUAGUAGCCUGGAUGAAAAACAUGCAUUCCAAAUGUCCAUUGAGACAUUGUGAGACUGUAGCAGUGUAAUUACUGGAAGUUUUCUGCUGAAGUCUCCAGAGUAGGUGCAUAUUUGAUUAAGUUAGCAUUGCAUUGCUAUCCUGAACGCCAUUUCAGCUAAGCCUUUAAAGGGAUUUGCAGUCUCCAUUGGUGAAUGGUUCAUUCUUCAGUUGGUCACAAUGGGAAAAGAAAGGUAAGUUCCUUGCUUUUUAACAGCAAAGAUCUCAGCUGUUCUAAAGACUGUUAUUAUAGUACAUUGCUGCAGUUGUGGUAGUGUCAUUUUGUGGAUAUUUAAUAAAGCGUUAUUAAGGAGCUGUCAUUAAAACAUUAUCUGCCUUCA